CCUGUCAGCAAUCAACAAAUAGUUUUUUACCGUAUUUUCCUUCCUGAUUUAUUCGUCUCAGUCUGAUACUUAUCGACUUGAAAUAAAUACGUUUUCAGUGUUCUAAUCCAUAAUUUAGUAUUUCUACUCUAUUAACAUUUUAUUACAUUGUGACAGGUAUUCCUAUUUAGUUAUGUCCGAGAAGCAUUUACAAGCCGGUGAUGUCCUGCCUCAAUAUAGUGGCAAAUUGAGAUUAUUUGCUAUGAGAUUCUGCCCAUAUGCUGAAAGAACUGUUUUAGUUUUGAAUGCGAAAAAUUUGCAGUAUGAUUUAGUGUUUAUUAAUUUAGACCACAAACCAGAAUGGUUAUUCAAUUUCAGCCCUAAAGGUACUGUACCAGCACUAGAGUAUGAGCAAGGCAAAGCAAUAUUUGAUAGCAACAUCAUCAAUGUGUACUUGGAUGAGAAAUAUCCUGAUGUGCAAUUGCAAUCAACUGACCCACUUCGCAGAGCUCAAGAUAAGAUUGUGGUUGAGAAUUUUUCUGGUGCUCAAUCAGCAUACUACACAGCUGCCUUCAAUGCCCCAGCCCUACAACCCUCGAGUGUAGAGAACUACCAUAAAGGCCUUGAUGGACUACAAAAGGAAUUGGAGACGCGCGGUACUAAAUAUUUGAAUGGCAGUGAGCCUGGUUUAGUUGAUUAUACAAUUUGGCCUUUCUUGGAACGAUUUGAGGCUCUGCCUUUGCUGGGUAAAACGGAGUUUGCUAUUGACAAGGCAAAAUACGAAAUUUUAACUACCUACAUUGAAGCAAUGAAAAAUGUGCCUGCUGUAAAAGCUUAUCGUCUGCCUGCAGAAACUCAUGCUAAAUUUACUGAGUCGCGUGCUAAAGGGGACCCCGACUACAACAUGCUCGAUUCAAGUGAAGUCUGCUGCAUGCGCCCCAGAAAGAAGAAGGAAUAAAUUAUAAUUUAUUUUCAUUAUUAUUUUCUUGCUACAAAAAGUACAAUGUAAUAUUUUAUUUCGUUCAAUUCAAAAACAGUUGGCAAUAUAGAUACUUAAUAUAUGUUAAUAUACAUACAUAUUUAUUCAUA